AUGGAGAGGAAGCUAAUGCUAAUGUUUUGGGUUUGGCGAUGGCUCAAGCAGACCUGGAGUAGAAAUAAGCUGAAAAUUAUAUGCCCCAUUAUUAUCCUCACUGUGUGGCUUGUCCAAGGCAAACUUGACUCAGAAUUUCAUAUAACGGUAGCUCUCGAUGGGUCUGGAGACUUCAACACAAUCCCUCAUGCUGUCAAUGCUGCACCAAAUUAUAGCAGAGAAAGAUAUUACAUAAGAAUUAAAGCAGGCACUUAUGUUGAGAAUGUCGUCGUUAGAAAGAAAAAAACAAAUAUUUCUUUCAUUGGAGAUGGAAUGGGCGUGACCAUAAUCACUGGUAAUAAACGCGUGGGUAAAGAUUUGGUUACCUUUGAAACAGCCACAGUAGAGAUAAAUGGAGUUGGCUUUAUGGCAAAGCAUAUAACCUUCAGAAAUUAUGCUGGACCAACAAAUGGACAAGCUGUAGCAAUGAAGUGCAGUGCUACAUUUUCUUCCUUCUUCCGAUGUAGAUUCAAAGGCUAUCAAGAUACCCUUUACGUCCAUAGGGGUAUCCAGUUUUACGAGGAAUGUGAAAUGUUAGGGACCACAGAUAUCAUUUUUGGGGAUGCCAAGGUGGUUUUUCAAAAUUGUGGCAUUUAUGCUUAUAAUCCAGGAGAAAGGCAUUCAAAUGUCAUAACUGUACGACGGAGGGACAGCCAUGAAGAUGAAGCUGGGAUAUCAUUCUAUCAAUGCACAAUCGCGGCUGCACAAGACUUUAACCCAAAUCUAGGAACAAAAACCUAUCUUGGCCGACCAUGGAGGCCAUUUUCAACUGUGGUUAUAAUGCAAUCCUUCUUAGAUUAUAUUACAGAUCCGGAAGGGUAG